CGACAUUCGAUAAAUCCCGUCUCCAGGCGCCAAUUGCGACGGCAACUUCUGGAAACCGAGGCGCUCUCUGAGAGAUCAUCAUGUUGCUUCCAAAGGGUGGAUUGAGCUGGAAGUCGGCGAGGGCGCAGAUCCCUCCGACCAGGGCAUUGUGGAACGCCGUGACGCGAACACGAUUUAUACUGCUGCUGGGAGUUACGGGAAUCAUCCUGCUGCUAUGGCGUGGCUUGUCCAGCUCGGCGUCGGAGAUGCAGAGCUUCUAUUGCUGGGGCCCGGCUAAGCCACCCAUGGAAAUGUCACCGAACGACCAUAAUAGAUGGAAUGGACACAUGCAGACACCAGUCAUCUUCAACCACCAUGCCCCUAUCGAAGUCAAUUCGAGUACAAUUGAGCACGUCGACCUCAACCCCAUCAACUCGUCCAAGCAGGCCCUCGCUAAGGAAGAGAGGAUACUUAUCCUGACGCCGUUGAAAGAUGCCGCACCUUAUCUGUCCAAAUACUUCGAGCUCCUCGCCGAACUGACAUAUCCUCAUCGGCUGAUCGACCUGGCAUUCCUUGUGUCAGAUUCUAAAGACGAAACCCUCGCCGUCCUUGCCUCCGAACUCGACCGCAUCCAGAAGCGACCCGACCAGAUUCCCUUCCACAGCGCAACGGUCAUUGAGAAAGAUUUUGGAUUCAAACUUAGCCAAAAUGUCGAAGAGAGACACUCCUUUGAGGCUCAAGGCCCCCGACGAAAGGCCAUGGGCAGAGCCAGGAACUACCUUCUCUAUACUGCUCUGAAACCGGAACACUCUUGGGUUUACUGGCGCGAUGUAGACAUUGUGGACAGCCCUACAGGGAUUCUCGAGGACUUUAUCGCUCACGACAGAGACAUUCUUGUUCCAAACAUUUGGUUCCACCGCUACCGCGACGGUGUGGAUAUCGAGGGUCGAUUUGAUUAUAACUCCUGGGUCGAGACUGAUCAGGGCCGCAGGCUGGCGAAUAGCCUGGACAAGGAUGUCGUUCUCGCCGAAGGCUAUAAGCAGUAUGACACUGGCAGAACAUACAUGGCAAAAAUGGGCGAUUGGCGCGAGAACAAAGAUGUUGAGCUGGAGCUCGAUGGCAUUGGCGGCGUCAACAUUCUUGUCAAGGCAGACGUGCACCGUUCCGGUAUCAACUUUCCUUGCUACGCUUUUGAGAACCAGGCCGAGACUGAAGGAUUCGCUAAAAUGGCCAAGCGUGCUGGCUACGAAGUCUAUGGUCUCCCCAAUUACGUUGUCUGGCAUAUCGACACUGAAGAAAAGGGUGGCAAUGCGUAAACACGACACGCGCCUCUGAAGAACUAAUUUUCGCUUCACGUGUCCCCAUAUUCUGCAAUAAUUCGGAUUGUUAUAUUGGCAACAAGGGCCAAUACUUGUACGAAGACUAAUGAUAUUACACUUCUCGCGGACCGGUUUCACGCUUUAGAUACGACCAGCCUUGAUAUUGCUAUGGAUAUGUCGAUAACCGGUUGGCGGUGAGUACGUUCUCUUGCAUGCUGCCGACGCAGACUGCCUGCUAGUUCGCACUCUUAAUAAUGAUGGGAUUUGUUUGGGAAGGCUUGCGCAUGUUUGGGCCGAGCCUGGAAAACAAUCGGCGAGCAUACCUUUUCUGCGGUGGUACUAGAUUCUGGCUACUUGCGUUGCGUAUAUUGGAGCUACUGGAAUGGAGAUUGCUACUUGUAUGAGGGCGGGAGCAAAUGGCAAGGCAGGCUGGGACAGUUUUGUAUGUUUGUGUUUUUGGGAGUUUAGAGUAGGCAUGGCAUAUCAUUCACACGGCCGACGGGCUUUUGAAUUUCUCCUC